AUGGGGGAAUCAGUUAAUUUGAAAGGUAUAACAUCAGUUGAAUUACAUAAUGGAAUUGAUUCAUAUUUAUCUUAUACCUAAAUAUUGGGUGAGUAUGCAAAACGUCCAGGGAACUGGAUAUUCAUAAUAAUAAAUAUAGUAUGUUUAUCAAUAAUCGAUUUGAAGGGAGAAGACUUUUCUUUGUUUUAUUAAUUUGUGAUUCCAUUAUUGGUUGGUAUAGCUAUGUAUUUAAUUAAAAUGUUCUAUUAUUUAUUGAUAAAGCAUUAAUAAGAUAAGGAAAUUAAUAAAAGAAAAGUGACAAUUUUCAAAAGGUUAAAGCGAAUCAAUUAAAUAAAAAAACCAAUUAACCAUGAAGAGACAAAUCAUCUUAAAAAUAAUAAUGAUAUCAUUCUCUUUUCUGCUCCUCGUAAAUAAGAUGUAUAUAAACCUAUGAUUAUUUCUUCAUUUAGAGAAGAAAAGAAAAUAUAAUUGACACCUAAAAUGGAAUAAAAAGUACAAAUAUUUGAAACUGUGUGUUGGGAUGAAGUAGAAGUAGGUGAUAUAGUAGUAUUAUAGAGAAAUGAAAUAUGUCCUGCUGAUUUACUUAUUUUAGAAUCUAAUACUGAUCAUUGUAAUGUUGAUACUGCUAAUUUCACUGGAAAUACUAAUUAGAUACAUAAAUCACCAAACAUUUUGACAAGUAUGUCUAGAAUGCAUCAAUUUAAAAAUAAUUCAUUUGAAUAUAGACUUUUACUUAGUGGUAAAGUCAAUUAUGAUCGAAAUAUUAAUGAUAAAUCUUUAUAUUCUGGAUUUCUCAGACUUAAAAAUGACCCUUAGGCUAUUGAUAUUAAAAAAGAGAAUAUAUUAUUUAGAGAAUAACUGUUAUUAAAUUGUGAUUACAUUUAUGGGUUAGUACUAUAUGCUGGUCUUAGUUGUCGAUAUUAUUAUAAUUAGCCUAGAAAUAGAGUUAAUCAUUCUUUCUUCUAUACUAAAGUUGAUAGAUUCUUUUAAUUCACGCUCAUUCUAUUAAUUGUUCUCUCAUUUGCAUCAUGGAUGACUGAAUCUUUAAGAUAUAUCUCUUAUGGUAGAUAAUGGAAUCUUUAAACAUUAUGUAAAUAUCUAUUAGGUUAUCUUAAUAUGAUUCCAUAUUAUUUACAUUUCAUAUUUGAUUUCAUGACAUUGUGUACAAUGAUAUUUAAAUAGUACUAAUUUCAUAAAUAAACUAUUCAAACUACAUCUAAAGAUUUAUAAUUAUCAUCAAAUUAUUAGAGAAUUAAUGAUUCCCCUUUAGCUGAUCUAAGUUUGAUUGAUAGUGUAAUAUUUGAUAAAACUGGUACUAUGACUGUUCCAUUUUUUAAAUUUAAAAUGAUUAAUUUCAAUGAUUAAUUGUUUUCAAUCAAUCAAAAAACAUUUGAUGAUUUAUAUCAAUGGAGAACCUAUUAAAAGUAAUAAUAUGAUAAUUAUGAAAUGUAAUAAUUCCUUUUCAAAGAAUCAUAAUCUCCACUUAAAGAGGCUUCUUAAGUCAAAAUAUCACCUUAACCUAAAUAAAUGAAACGUAUUUCUAAACAUCCCUCAAUUAAACCUCUCUAAAUAGAAGAAUUCUAAAUUAACUCUAAUAGAGAAAAUACUGAUACCAAUAAUAAUGAUUAAGCUAAUCUAGAUCCUGAAGAAAUUAUUGAUGACAAUUCUAAAUUAAAAGAUAUUCAUAAAAGUAAACAACCUAAAAUAUUUCAGGAUUCAUGGGGUUCAAACACAGAUAUCAAUAAUAAUGGAUAAGGUAGCCUUGUAUAAUAAUAUAUAUUACAAUAACAAUAAAAUAGUAAUAUGAAUAUAAAUAAUCAAUAAUAAUAAUAAAUUAGUAAUAAUAAUAUAUAAUAAUAAUAAUAAUAAUAUAUUUACAAUCAAUAAUAAUCUUAUAAUAGUAAUCAAUAAUAGUAAUACAGUCCUAAAGAUAUGAAGAGAUCCACUUUACUUUAAGGAAUCACUAUUAGAGCAAAGCAGAGCAUUAAAUUAGAUCGAUCUGAUAAAUAAAAACGAUUUGGAAUGGAAAGAUCUAUGAAUUUUACAAAGUUUAUGUCAGAGGAUGGUUUGAAUAAGAAUAAUGAAGAUUUAAGAGGUUUAGAUGAGAAAGAUUUUCUUAACAAAUUGAUAGCUAAUGAAAGCAGAAAGUAAACUGAAGAAUCUAUAUUUAUGUUAAUGAUAUGUCAUAACACUUAUUCAACUUAUAAUAAAUAAGAUGAUACAUUUAAACAUGAAUUUUCAUCAAAGAUUGAUAGUUUAUAAUUAGAAUUUAUAUCUCAUUUUGAUUAUAGGUUUAUUUGUUCAGCUGUAAAUAAGAGUAAAUAUAUUGUUGAAAUUAAUGGCAGAUUAACUGAAAUACCAGUAACUGUAACUUAAUUGGAACAUUAUAAAAUAAGUGUGAUACUUACAAAAUAAGAUUACAUACGAUUUUUUGAAGAUAUAGAUUAGACAUAUGAUUAUGUGUAAUUUAUAAGAGAUGAUAGUUAAGAAAUGAGUGAUUAAAUAUUAAUGAAUAAAGAAGAAAGAGAUAAAUGGGAGAAUAUGAUUUAUAAAUUAUAUAUGAAUGGAUGUAGACCAGUAGUAUUCUUUAAAUCAUUUAUGGAUACUAAUUAAUAUUAAUAAUUUUUAAAAAACCCUUAAUAAGAAUUGAAAAGUUAACCAAGAGCAUAUGAAUUAAGUUUAGUAAUUGGGAUAAAAGAGAAAUUAAGAAAAUAGAUAAUAACAGUAAUUAAAAAUUUACUUGCAGCAGACAUGAUAGUUUGGAUAGCAAGUGGAGAUUCUUUGGAUAAAGUCUUACCAAUAGCAUAUAAAACAGAAAUAUUGAAAGAUUUGAUCCCAAUAAUUCAUUUUGAUUUACAAGAUGCUACUUUAUAGAUUAAAUAAUAGAUUUAAUGGUUAUAUAAUAAUUAGAUUAAACAUUUAAAAGAGGAUCCUCCAAUAACAAUUGAGAAAAGACAAUCCGAUCGUAUUGUAAUGAGUCCAAAUUAAAAACGUAAAUCUAUUCAUACAAGUGGUAGAAGAUAGAGUACUAAAGGAUUAUUACCUGGAUUUUAAAAUACUUAAUAAAGAAUUAAACCAUUCUCUAUUUUAAUACAUGGGGAAACAUUGGAUAAAAUAUCAUAGGAUAGUUCUUUAUUUAAUCAUUUAUGUUUUAUUAUUGCAUUUUCUACAUCUGUGGUUGGUUAUAGGAUGAAUAAAACUUAAAAAGCAAUACUAGUUAAAAUACUCUAAGAAAAAUAAGUGUGGAGAAGAAGAGUCUUAGUAAUUGGUGAUGAUGUUAAUGAUAGUAGAUUAAUGGCAUAUUCUGAUUUUGCUAUUUAAUUAUAAAGUCAAAGACUUUAUUAAUAAGUUGCUAUUGAAAAAAUGGAAUAAUUGUAAAGAUCAAAAAAGGAUUCAAAAAGUAUUAAACUCUAGUAGAUUACAUUUAAGCCUGUCAUUAAUCAUUUCAAAAGUAAGUAUUUCAGUUAAAAUAGAAUAUUAGUAUAAUAACAUCCCUUAUGUUGGUACUACAGAUAUUGUUGUUAAAGAUUAUUCAAGUUUAUUAUCCAUAGUAUUGUCUGAAAGUAGAUAAUCAGCUGAAUUGUUGGAGAAUAUUAUAACAUUUUCUUUCUAUCGAAGUUAUUUACUUUGUUUUAGUUUAUUUUUUUAGAUUUUGUUCAAAGGCAUUACAUAUUAUCCUCCUUUAGAUUACUUUUAAAGUUUCUUAUACAUUAUACCAUGUGUGUUAUUAUAUAUUUAGAGGAUGACUCCAAAAGAGGAAAAAGUUACUAAUAUCAAGAAUCAAUUAGUAUAUUUCUUUAAUUAAAAUCAAUUGGAUUUUAGAUAGUAGAGAUAUUGGUUGUUUUUUUACAAGGUUAUACUCUAUUCUGCCUUUGAAGCAUUUAUAAUAUCAAUAAUGAUCAGUAUAAUGGAUAUGAGAAACAAUAAAGGAUUUAUAUUUGAUGAGGAAAUGAAAUCAAUCCAAAUGUUUGUUAUUAUAUUGUUAUUAGAUUUAACUAAAUAAUUAACUCAUGCUAAUUUGUACUAGUACAUAUUAUUACCAAUAUCAUAUUUUGCAUUUUGUACGAUUGGUUAUUUAGAUUACUUCGAUUAUAAUAUUUUUGACCUAUUCUAAUAUUUAAUAUCUUUGGAAUCUUUGUUAUUUAUAUUAUCAUUACAAUUAUUGUUUUUUUGUUUUUAAAAGACUCUAACGCAAUUUUAUUCUAUAUAUGUACAUAAUACGUUAUACAAAGAGGAAGAUUAGAUUGAAAUAAACAAUAAGGUAAAGCCAAUAUAGAUACAUAAUCCUAAGAGAAGAAAGGAGAGUUUAGUAAUAAAUAUAUAGAAAUAUAUAUUAAAAUUGUUUAAGAGUGAGGAAGAAAUAGAUCCGAUAGUGAAGUAGAUUUUAUCUGGGAUAGUAUUGAGUGUAAAGACUACAAAAAUAAAUAAGAUAACAUAGACGUUCAAAAACAUUUAAUUAGAAAUAAAAUAUUAAUUGAAUGAAUUACCAUCAAUAAUAGAAUAUUAUAGAUUGUAUUAUCCUUUGAGUUGGAUGUUAGUAGAAGGGGCAAUAUUAAUAUAGAUUUGGUUGAUAAAUAGAGAGAUAGAUUAUACUUGGUUUUUAUAUUUUACAUUUGGAUAUAAUGCAGCUUAAUUAUUGAUGGCAUUAUUUAUAUAUACAGUGGCAUUUAAGAAAUAUCAUUUUAGAAUAAGUAAAGUAUUAAUAAUAAGUCGUCUAAUAUAUAAGAUAGUUUAUGAUGCGUAUUUUUAUUAGGAUAAUGAUAAUUAAUUAACAGACAUGUUGAUAAUGCAAUUAUUUAUGUUAUAACCAUUAAUAGAUGAUAGACCAUUGACAAUAAUUUUGUAUUGUUUUGCUUUGAAUAUAAGUUUUAUAAUUAGAUUUAGUGCUAAUAAUACAACAAGUGAUGCUAAUUUUAAUUAAUAUAUAAUGUUGAAUUACUAUUUAAUAGCAAUGAUGUAGACAGCAUUAUCAAGUGGGAUGCAUUUAAGAGUUUAGAGAAAUUCAAGAGAAGAAUUUAUAUAGAUGUUAACAUUGGAUUAAUAGACAAAUUCAAUUAGUGAUACAUUGAGUAUAUUGAUGCCAAAAUUUAUAAGGAAUAUAAUAAAUUAAAAGGGUGAAUUUGAUAUAUAAGAGAAUUAAGGCGAAGUAGCAAUAUUAUUUUGUGAUAUUUGUUAAUUUGAUAAAAUAAUAAAGGCAGAGAAAGAGAAUGUUAUACAUUUAUUAGAUAUUUUAUUUAGAUAGUAUGAUUCAUUAUGUAGUUAAUAUGGAUUAUAGAAAAUAGAAACAGUUGGUAAGACAUAUAUGGCAGCAGCAGGAUUAAAGAAUAUUGUAUCUUAAAAUAGUGUAAAUCCUGUUCUUAGAGCAAUUCAGGUGGCAUUUGAAAUGAGAAAAUUUGCAUAAUAGUAGGAUUUUUGUGGAUCUGGAGAAAUUAUAGUUAAAAUAGGAGUACAUUAUGGAAAUGUAAUUGCUGGAGUAAUUGGAUAUCAUAAACCAUAAUUCUCAUUAAUUGGUGACACUGUUAAUACUACAAGUAGAGUAUGUUCAACAGGAUAGGAUGGAUAAAUUAAAAUAUCAGAAGAUGCUUAUAAGUUAGUUAGUGGAUCUUAAGAUUUUAUAUUUACAAAAGAUUUAGUUGAUGCUAAAGGAAAAGGAUUAUUACUAACAUAUAUUUUAUCUGAAUAAGAAUAAAGAAAGACAUUAAAAAAUAGGAAAUAAUGUCUUAAAGAUGGAAAGAUAAAGAAUACUUAAACUAAUUCAGGAAAUGUAUCUGAUAAAACAUAAGUAAGAGAUUAAAGAUUAAAAAGAAAACCAACACUUGUAUUACCUCAUUUAAAAUAGAGUAAUUAGAAAUUAUAACAUAAAUCAAGUUUAAAUGUUGAAGUAUAAUAAUAAUAAAAUUCUCAUGCAGAUAGUGAUCAUGCAAAUCAAAUUGGAUAAAAAAUGAGUAUAGAAGGAGCAAAUUUGAUAGAAGCUAUUGAAAUUAAAUUGGGAAAAGAAAAUUUAUUAGUUGAUGAAAAUUUUGAUUUCCCAAAUGGAGAAAUUGAAAAAGAAAAAUUGAAGUAAUUAUAUUAAAGCGAUGAAGAAUUUAAAGAAGCUGAUGUGUUGGUAUUAGAUAGAAGAAAACUUUUCUUAGAUUUUGAUCCAGAAGUUGAACAAUAUCAUAUUAAUGAUUUUUAUUAAGAAUUAACCAAGAAAAAUACAAUUUUAGUUAUUUUAUUGAAGGCAGGUGUAACAGUCCUUUUAUUAGUUCAAAACACUUCUACUAUCUUGAUAGCGUAGAUAUUUGAAAACUAAUAUACUUGGUAUAUAAACUUGACCUUUGGAUAUAUUAUAGUAGCAAUAAAGAUAGUGUUUUUAAUGUUAUUGAUAAUAAAAUAAUACAGAGAGAAAUAUUUUAAAGAAGUAUAUUUUAUUUACAGUUAUAUAAUUACAAUGAUAUGGUGGAUAAUACAUAUUUUCUCAUAUUAAAGUUUUAUUGUAGGAGAAAUUUGUAUAGCUGUUGGAGUAUUUUUGUCAUUCAUGACUUAAUUGAACCCUAUAAUAAAAAUGAAAUAUAAAGUGAUUGAGAGUAUUUCAAUGAUUUCAGUAAAUUUAAUAGUAAUCCUAGUUAAGAAUUGGGAAAAGAGUCUCAUUUAUUAUGCAAUAAUCUUAUAAUUAAUAUUCAUUUCAAAUUAAAUAUAUAAGUUUUAUAAGAAUGUGCAAUUAUAUAAUAAUAAAUGCAAACUUAAAGCUAAACAUUAAUAAUUAGAUUCAUUAGUAAAACAUUAAUUACCAAGUCAUAUGCUUGAACAAUUUCUAAAAUUUUAAUAAUAAAGAGCAGUUCUUAAAGAUAGUUAUGAUAAUGUUACUCUAUUAUUUGCUGAUAUAGCUGGUUUUACUGAGUAUUCAAGUAAAGUAUCUCCGGAAUAGGUUGUUUUUAUGUUACGUAAUUUAUUUACAGAAUUUGAUAAAUGUUGUUAAGAAAAAUCAGUAUAUAAACUCUAUACAAUAGGAGAUUGUUAUGUUGUAAUGGGUAUGUUAGAUGCUAAAGAUAGAAAUAUAGCAUAAGAAGCUAAAAAUACAGUUGAAUUAGGUUUUGAAAUGAUUAGCAUUAUAAAAAGAGUUAGAGAUCAUAUUAAUUUUUAAGGAUUAGAUAUGCGUAUAGGAAUACAUACUGGUAGUAUUAUUGGAGGAGUAUUAGGAACUGAAAUUGUUAGAUAUGAUAUUUAUGGUCCAGAUGUUCUUAUAGCUAAUAAAAUGGAAUCUAAAGGAGAAAGAGGUAAACUCUAGAUCUCUUCUACUACUAAAGAAAUCUUGGAACAAUAAUAUCCUGAAGAAUUUAAAUAUGUAUUUCAUACUCGUGUAGAUAUUCCAUCUAUUGAUACUUCUGCUGAUGGAUAUUUCAUUUCUAUUAAAAUGUUUGAUGAACCAUCCAUGGAUUUAUAAGAUCAUCCUUCUGAAAGUUGUCUUUGA